GCGCUCGCCAUGGCUGAUGAAAGGUCCAAGGAAGGAGUUAAGACUGAGAACAACCAUCAUACUAACUUGAAGGUGGCAGGGCAGGAUGGUUCUGUGGUGCAGUUUAAGAUUAAGAGCCUCUUAAUCUUAAACUAAUGAAAAGCCUAUGGUGAAUGACAGGGUACACACCUGCACAUGGAAAUGGAGGAUGAAGGUGCAGUUGAUGUGUUCCAGCAGCAGACAGGAGGUGUCUACUAA